GACAAAAUCAAACUUUGCAAAAACGGUGUGUUCUGGUUUUCGCUGGUUCUAGAAACACCCAAACCAUAAGUCGGCGUCCCAACCCAACCGUAUCAAGGAAGCUAACACGUAUUUCUUCUGCGGCAAAGAAUCCCAUUUUCUGCUUCCUGCUGAUCCGAACAGGUCCUUCACAGCGAACCUUCCAGAAGAUGGUGGUUAUAGAACAGGAAGAGAGCGAGCACCGAAAUGCGAGCCGCUCCAACGCUGCCGGCGCUGCCAACGACGCUUCCGAUGGCUUCGAAACCGCCAGCGAGGCCGAUCUCGCCAGUGAUGAUGACGGCGGAGAUGGUGGAGCAGACAGAGAACAGGAGCAGAAUCACCCCGAGGAACACCACCGGCAGCAGCAGACUGAGCAACAACCUGAACGCGAUGUUCCUCAGAGCACCGCCGAAUCCUCUGAGAAUGCCUUGAUCACUGAAGAGUCCCCCGAGAAUGCGUUGAUCAACGAAGAAGAAUCUAGACAGAAAGCAUUGGAUCAAGCAAAUGAAGCAAAGGUUGAAGGCAACAAACUUUUUGUAGAUGGGAAGUAUGAAGAGGCGUUAUCACAGUAUGAAGUUGCUUUACAAGUAGCACCAGACACACCUUCAUCUGUGGAAAUACGGUCAAUAUGCCACUCGAACCGUGGUGUGUGCUUUCUGAAACUGGGAAAAUAUGAUAACACAAUCAAGGAAUGCACAAAAGCAUUAGAACUGAAUCCUGUGUACGUUAAGGCUUUCGUGAGAAGAGGAGAAGCUCAUGAAAAGCUCGAGCAUUUUGAAGAGGCCAUUGCUGAUAUGAAAAAGAUCUUAGAAAUUGAUCCCUCAAAUGAUCAAGCUAGGAAAAGUAUUCGGCGCCUAGAGCCCCUUGCUGCAGAAAAACGGGAAAAAAUGAAGGAGGAAAUGAUUGGAAAAUUGAAAGAUAUGGGCAAUUCUGUCCUGGGCCGCUUUGGGAUGAGUGUGGACAACUUUAAAGCCGUCAAAGAUCCAAACACUGGUUCCUAUUCUAUCUCAUUCCAACGCUAAUUUGUGUAUAGCAAAGUCAUAGCAACAGUAAGCAUGAAGGAGGUGGUCUUUAGUGAUACAGGUUUGAGACUUCUUUUGCUUACAGCUUGUUAGGAAAAUUUGGAUGUUAGUUAUGUACGAGAACUUGAGAAGUGGCAUACAAUUUAUUUCCUUCAAAAGGGUAUUUUGUUAAUUGACUCAUUUGUGAAGGGGAUUGAUAAUGUCCUAGUCCAUAACUACCUCUUUCAACAUUUAAGCUGCAUUUAGGCUUCACAAUAAAUGACAACUGUUCUCAUCUUUUGGAAAAAUACAUAGGUUAACUAUUUGUGCAAUUACAUUGGCUUUUGACAAAUACUAGCAACACCUUUCACACUCUUAGACACUAUUAUUGAAUGAAAUUCUUCUAAUAAAGACUGGCCAUAGUUAUCUAGUGGAACUAGCGUGAGAUUUCACUUAAGAUUGGAGGAAGUGUUGAAAAAGAGUAUCUCAUAAUGUGCUAUUAGCAUUCCCCCUGGCCUGUAAUGUUCUGUAUAUGCUCUUUAUAUUUUCGUUGGUGCUAAUGAAAGGUGGACUUGUUUGAGGUUUGGAUGUUGUGAAUUUGAAGAAGUUGCUUCACACUUGUAUGGUACAAGUACAACAUGAAUGUGACAUGUGAAAAAUAAAUUGCUACUAAUGUAUACACCACCCUCUCACAUUUAUUUCACUCUUGCAGCAUAGAAGUUAGUUGAAACAAAGUUACCCCGUUUGCCAAACAAUAGCUGAAAUCCACAUUUUUUUAGUCCUCAUAAAAUCUUUUCUUGUCCUUUUAUUUUCAUUCCCUUCAAGUUUUUAUCUCCUCAAACCAGUGUACUAAAUAUUAUUUGCAUGAGUAAUGAUUUCUCUGACCAAACCAGUCAGGUACUUCAUAUCGCUUAAUUUUCAAGAUAAUGGGUCUAAUUCACUUUUAUAUGGUUUGCUUUCUAGGUAAUGUUGGAAUUCUCAAUGAAGUGUGAACGGAGUUGCGCAUUGUUGGUUGGAUGUCCGGGUGUAUUAAUCUUGUGGAAAUCCACUCAUGAAAGUUGAUUGGCAUUUGUGAACUUAUUUGGGUUGUACAAUGCUUUUUUAUCAUUGGGUCAUUCUGCACAAGUUUAGCUACUUAAUAUGAUUCACGUUUUAGCAAUUUUAACUUUAAUGUAGGCCCCUGAUCCAUGGCUGGGACUUCGAUGUUUAUAAGUUUUGGAACUAUAUAUGUGAUUGCCAACACUUACAGAGCAUUAAUAAUUAUUUUUAUUUCUUUCUGUUUU